AUGGCGACUGUAUACCCCCCCGAGACCACCGACGGCGUCGUGACGUCGUGGGUGCCGCUUACAACCAUCUUCACGCCGUCCCUCGGAUGCGAGAGCAAGUUCCGCCUUGACGGGCCGAGCCUCGUCGCCUACGACCCAGGCUACGGCCUGGACAUUGACUCGAGAGUCAAGUGCGCGCCGCCGGCCGUGACCACGUGGUGGGAGCAGGGCCGGCUGGGCGGCGGCGACGAUGCCGGACACACCGCCGUCAGUCUGGGGCCGCUGACCUGCCCCAGCGCGUGGACGACCGUGGCGUCGUGGGUCCGGGCCUCGAGCACGCAGGUCAUGUGCUGCCCGCCGGAUUACUUCCUCGCGCACGGCGUCCCCGGUUCCGUGGUCGGAGACUGCCUGUCUAGCGUCACCAAGGGCGCGGUUCUGACCUUUGCAUCGACCCCGCCGGGGGCGUCGAAUGCCUGGUCCAUCGCCACGACAACGCUGACUGGGAGCUCCACGGUAGGCGCCAUCGCGGUGGUGGGAUGGAACAUAGCGCUGCAGACCUCCAAGACAUCAUUCACGUCCAUCACAUCCACCACGUCUUCAUCCACGUCCACAUCCACAUUCACAUCAACCGCAACCACAACCUCUCCGUUCGUCACAACGGCAACCUCCAGCGGCGCCACAGCCGGGCUCGCGAACAACGGAGGCACCGCUCCAAGCGGUAGCUCACCAGGCCUGACGACCGGCGGAGCCGUCGGCCUCGGCGUAGGCGUCAGCAUAGGCGUCCUCGGCCUCGCCGCCCUGCUCGCGGCGCUGUAUCUGAUACGGUCAAGGAGGCAAAAGGCGGAGGCGGCAGCGGGACCGGGAGCGGGAGCGGCAGGAGGAGUUUCACACCCGCCGGCCGGCGGUGGCUUACCGCCACCGCCGCCGUCGCCGACCGCGAAACCGGCGGAAGUUUACGCCACCCACGAGCUCGCGUCCGUGGCCGCGUACCAGGAACUCCCCGCCUCGCAGACUUACCGUUCGCCGCAUGAGUUGGCCUAG